AUGCAAUUAACAGACCAUAUCACUGUAGAAAUACAUCCAAGACACAGCACAUCACGGAGGGGAAAGUUCUCCUUCAGAAAAGGAAUCCAGGUAUUUCCCAGUCAGACAGGGCAGGACAACGAAGGCUUUCAAGAGGAUGGAGAACAAGGAUCAACGUUGUCCCAGGGGCAAGAUCUGUAUGCUUAUCCAUGGGAUAAAUCCAGUCUGAAAUCAAUACAAAUAGACUUGAUGCAGUUUAAGGAAUUGGAUGCCUAUGCAUCAGAGGUGAAUGCCAGCAGUAGCGUGGAAAAUCUGGUGAGAGUCUUGCUCCAAAAAGCAAACAGUGAUUUGGAGAAAGUCCGAGCUAUCUGGAUGUGGAUUUGUCAUCAUAUAGAAUAUGAUGUGGAAGGCUAUCAUAACAAAGCCAAGAGAUCUUGUGAGCCAGCUAACGUCCUUCAGUCAGGAAAGAGUGUUUGUGCUGGAUAUGCUGCACUCUUUGAAGAAAUGUGCAGUCUUGCAGGGAUACAAUGCAAAAAGUUGUCAGGCUACUCCAAAGGAUAUGAGUACAAACCCGGGAAAGUCUUUAAGGAGAGCAACCAUGCCUGGAAUGCUGUUUAUCUUGAUCAAAGGUGGCAUCUUAUAGAUAGCACAUGGGGAAGUGGCCAUGUGGGUGACUCUUGUAGCAAGUUCACUUUCAGAUAUGAUGAGUUUUACUUCCUUACCCAUCCUGCUCUAUUUAUUAAUGAUCACUUCCCAGAAGACCACAAGUGGCAGCUUCUGAAACAUACAUUGACACUGCAGCAGUUUGAAUGUAAGGUGCGGUAUAGGUCUGAGUUUUAUUUAGCAGGAUUGAUUGAAACAUCCACGGACAUGUCAGUCAUUGAAACAGAAGAUGGCAAGGCAGCUGUUUUCAUUGAGAGUCGUUCUCCAACACUCUUCCUUUGUGAGCUUAAUGGGGCAAAAGAGCACUGUUUAAUGACCCUGCAGAGGAACGGGAUGAACCUGGAAGUGUAUCCUCCGCGGGUGGGGACUCAUAGUUUGGACAUAUAUGCCAAAUCUUCCAAGGCUGAGGAAGAAACAUAUCACCAUGUGUUAGAAUACUCCCUGAAGUGCAGCUCUGUGGACAAAAGCAUUGCCUUUCCCAGAGCGCUCAUCCAUCCUGUGGGACCCAACUGGUAUUCAGAAGAGAAGGGCAUCCUAGGGGCCUUGCCUGCUAGCCCAGUUAUCCACACUGACGAUGGGCGCUGUGUCAUCACUUUCACUCGGAGUAAAGAUCUGGACUUCUUCACCACCCUGGACUCUGAUGCCAGUAGCACGCCGGAGGAUAUACGGAGGCGUCACAUCUGGAAGACCUGCCAGGGCACCCAGGUUGAGUUAAAGAUACACCUUCCCCAUGCAGGGGCCUUUGCUCUUCACAUCUGGGCAAAGAAAGCAUCUGAUCCGGGUAGCAACCACUGCGCCCUCAGCUACCUCCUCUCCUGCCCAAACAAGAACGUGAGGUGGCCGGCUUUCCCUAUGAGAUAUACAAACUGGGAGGAUGGCUACGAGCUGGUGGCGCCUCUUGCCGGUGUCCUGCCAGCCAAUCGCAAUGUGCAGUUUAAGCUCAAGCUACCUGGAGUAGACGAGGUGUCUGUCGAAUGCAGAGAGACUCUCCAGCUUACUCUCAGUGGAGAUGGUUUCUGGGAGGGAGCCUGUAGUACCUCCGGUGGCUCAAAGGUGACAAUCAGAGUAUCAAAAAAUUGUGAUAAAACUUUGUGGUCCCUGUUGAAGUACAAAGUGGAAAGCCACUAGCUAGGAGAGGACCAAGUUCGGCCAUGUAAAAAGGUCUAGUCUCACUAGAAGGGAGAGAAAUGGUAAUGCAUCUAUUAACAGCUGCUUGCUUGGCAGUCGGCUAUAGCUGGAAAAAAAUUAGUAGUCCCACACUACUAUGGGAUAUGAUAUUAUGGAUAUGGGAUUGGAUGUUAGGGGUAUGGGAAGUGGUCCAAAUGAUUAAUUAUAUUGGUCAAUU